AUGUCGUUUCCUGCCACACAAUAUGACCCGAAAUCCUUGCCCAAACACGAACAGGAUUCUCCUCAGUCACGGGCGGGAUUUCGAGGAAACCAUGGAGAGAAUGUUUGUUUGUCACUCCUAUCUGCUGUGACCCAGCCUACCGUUGAAGUGCAACGGCCCAACGUUUCUCCUGAUCCUUGGACAUUGAUCCUUGGACAUGAGUGGACCCCGGUCGCCAAGCCGCAGAGCCUCAACGCCAUAAGUAGCCACAGCCUUGCGCGUGGUUGCUCAACCAAACCAAGGUUCGCCACGGCUGGGCUGAGCUCUAUUCCAUCGCCCACAUCGAGUUUUCCUAUGCUCGGAUUUCGGUAUACUGAUAGGCUAGGGGGCGAAACCGAACAAAAUUCACAAAAACUCGUUCGGUUAAACCGCAGCGCUGGCUUCUUCUCAGGUACCUUAUCAUACCCCCUUGCGUCACCAUUCCCCGGCAGGAUGGUCAGUCGGCUAAUGCAGAACCUGCGCUAUUCCAGUCCCCCUCCGGGCCAUCAACCCCCCUCCUCUCCCCCGUCCCCACGCCCCCGCCUCAUCUGUUUCCUGCCGACGACCCAAAGCCAUCACCCAUGCGAGCCCUCACCGGAACCAUCAAGCGGAGAACAGACAUCUACCUCCUGCCUUUCCUCUCCCUCAUCUUCCUCCUCAACUCCCUUGAUCGCUCGAACGUCGGAAACGCUGAGACUGCGGGUUUCACGCGGCAUGCGGGGCUCGCUCCAGAGGAUCUGAACGAUGCUGUGAGCGCCUUCUUUGUCGCGUUCGUGCUGCUGCAGCCGGUUGGUGCGGCGUUGGGUAAGAAGGUUGGUGUCGGGAGGUGGGUCGGCGGGGUGAUGGUUGGAUGGGCGAUCCUGACGGGGUUGAAUGCGUUUGUGCGAUCCAGGGCGCAGCUGAUUGGGCUGAGGAUUUGUAUCGGGGCUUUAGAAGGUACGUUUUUCAACUUUUUAGGGGUCGGGGAGGGAACGGGGGGGUGGGGGGCGAUCUAACUAGGGUGUCCGACAGCCGGGUUUUACCCAGCGACGGUGUUCUACUUGUCGUUGUUCUACACACGAUAUGAGUUUGCUCAGCGACUGGGUAUGUUCUACGGGCAGUACGCUGUCGCCGGGGCUUUCGGCGGUUUGGUAUCGUACUUUGUAUUCAGACUAUUUCCCAACGGUUGGUUCUCCCACCCCACCCUCACCCCACCAUCCUAACCACCCCGCUCUACUCAGAUCCCGAAGGCGAUAUCACAGCACCUUCCGUCCAAGAGCCUGAACACGAAGGCUGGUACAGCUACCAGAUCCUCUUCCUCCUCGAAGCUGGCCUUACCAUAGUAGUCGCGCUCACAGCGUUCUUCUGGCUCCCAACCGGUCCCGGGAAUGCCUGGUGGCUCAGGACUGCCACAGAACGAGCCUGGGCCGAGAAGCGCAUCUUGAUAGACCGCGCGCAGGCGGAGAAUGCACUUGAAGAAGAAGCUGGAGAAGGCCUCCUAGACGAGAGCGAAUCCGAGGACGAGGAAGCAAAAUGGCGGCGGGGAAGCAUCAGCGCCAAAACAAUCGGUGGCGAACCCGGCCUGAACAGGCAAGACAUUAUCGCUGCGAUCACAGACUGGCGCGUUUGGUGGCUCCUGAUCUGCAACAUCACUUCCUCCGUCCCCGGAAUAGCAUUCAGUGUCUUCCUCCCACUCGUCGUGAAGGGCUUCGGAUACUCCACCUUACAUGCGAACCUUCUGACGAUCCCUCCAUUCCUCUGCGGUGCCUGCUCACUCUGGUACACCACAUAUCUCUCCGACCGCUCACGCCUGCGCCUCAAGUACAUCCUCUACGGCCUCACCCUUUCGCUAUUCUCCCUCGCGCUUUUAGUCCUGCUACCCCUUACCGCGCUUACCCCGCGCUACUUCUCCCUCUGCUUACUCCUCUCGGGGACGUACAUCGCUUCCCCUCUGACCGUGGCAUGGUUAAGUAAUAACAUGGAAACGCCCGGCAAGCGCGCUGUGGUGCUCGGGAUAAAUGGCUGGGGAAAUGUAGCGGGCGUGCUGGCGAGCUGGGCCUUCCGUCCCGAGUGGGCGCCCGGGUACGAGAAGAGCUUCAUCUGGACAAUGGGGGGUGUUGGCGUCGCGUGGGUGGGCUACGCGCUCUUCUGGGCCGUGAUCAGGGGCGGGAAUGGAAGGCGGGGGAAGAUGGGGUUGGCCUUGGUUGGAGAGUGA